UGACCUCAGUUUAUCUAAAAAUCCCUAGUGUUGUUAUUGUGUCUUGGUUGUGUUCUUUUUUUAAAUCUCUCUUUUCUUUCCCUCUUCUAUUAAUUUUACUUACAUGUGUUCAUCAUUUUAUUAAAAAUUAUCUGCACUCUGGUUGUAGAAUUUAUUGAAACGAAUAUUUAUAAAAGACAAAUACAUAAUUUUCCAACAUUGUCUCUUUGCUUUUCAAUAGACUUUGCUCAUCUGUCAACAAGCUUUCGUAGUCCUUUAUUAAAAAAUUUUCAGGAUGAACUGCGAGCCACAAAUGCACCGCUGUCUUCACUUCAUCAUCAGAAGUGAGUAUUUGUUCUCAUAGGGAUGCUUUCAGGGGACCAAACAAGUGAAUGUCAGAUGGGUUGAGAUCAGGACUAUAGGGAGGAUGCUUUAAGACCUCAAAACAACGUUGAUGCUGAUGGUUGACUUUUUAACAUUUUCAUGGAUGCCGAUUGAUGAUGUUUCUGUUCUAUAUUUGCCAUUUUUUCCCAGGCUUGUAGUGAUGAAUUCAUGUCUUGUCACAAGUGAUAAUUCAGUUUAAGAAACUUUCACCUUCCUUGGAGUAUUGGUCCAAAUUUUGUUUGCAGAUAUCCAUACAAUUCUGUGCUAUUCUGUGAGUUGUCAUCAGCAGGUACACCGUCAACCACAAGAAAGAAAGAAAUGAAGAAGAGAAGAGAAGGAUUUCCCUAUUUGGCAACAUUAUUAAGUGAUUUCUCCAAAUAAGACUGAGGAGGUGUCGAGGCUCCACCCACAUUCUUGAAGAAUUACGUCAUCGGGUGUUUUUUUUAAUGAAUGAAAGAAUCCCACGGAGAGUCGCUGAGUAAUUCCGGGAAAAGGCGGACUGUGGCGUUGUAGUGUAAAGUUGCUGAAUUUGUUCCUGUCUGUUAUCUAGUUCUGAAUGUAAAGAACGUCGAAGAAUAUCUGUUUUUUUUUUCUUACUACGACUGGAGGGCAGAAGUUCAAGUACACACUACCAGAUUUCAUAAACAAACAAAAAAAACAACCCAGGCGCAACCAUGACGUCAGACAGCAGAGCCAGCAAAGCCCUACAGGUGAAGAGAGAGUGUGGAGAGAACGUGCCUGUGCUGUCGGACAGCGAGCUCAUGUCUCUGUCGGUGCGUGAGCUGAACCUGCACCUGCGCGGCUUGUCCAGAGAGGAGAUCCAGAAAUUAAAGCAAAGAAGGCGUACGUUAAAGAAUCGUGGCUAUGCGGCCAGCUGCAGGGUUAAGCGUGUGUCCCAGCGCGAGGCCCUGGAGCAGCAGAAGAAGGAGCUGCAGCGUGAGGUUGAACGGCUUGGAGCAGAGAACGCGGGCAUGCGCAGGGAGCUGGAGGGGCUUGGGGCUCGCCUGGCAGCGCUGCAGCGCUUCGCACGCAGCCUCGAGUCUGCAGGAGGCAACAUUCUAGCUACAGCGCCUCGCCUCAACACCGCCUCAGUCAUCACCAUAGUGAAGAGUCCACAGCAAAGCCAUGGCCCCAGAGAGCAAGAGGCAUCGUAGGGAUGAGUCAUACAGGCAAUAGGCAAACAUGUACACACUCAAAAACACGUAGAGGUACAAGGUACAGUACACAACAACUGGACCAAGCUGAAAUGAAUGACUGCCAAACGUUUAACGUUACACAACACACAAUUGUGUAAGUCAAGUCAUUGAUGUCAGUGAUGCCGGAUCGCUUUUGCCACACUAUUACCCCAAUGUUGCAUUUUCAUUCCCGUUUUGUGUAUUAAUUAAUUGGACCAUUUAGAUAAUGAGAAUGCAGAUUUCAUUCGAAACAUUUUCUCCACAACGAAAGAUGAUUUUGUUUUCUAAAUUGAAUUGUUUGACUGUAUUCACUUCUUCUACGUAUGGUCGAUUGCAUUUGCUAUAACCAGUAUAACUAAAAUAUAAAUAGCGUAACGUUGGAAAGUUUACAUGUAACGUAGCUUGAAACUAUUUUAAUUAUACCAUUAAUAUUUAUAUGCCAGAUUUUUGCCGUCACACAAAAAGCUAGUCCUAAGUGUAGAGAAUGUUUUUACUGAGUUCAUGAUUAAGCUUCACUUCAUAUCUCUGACUACCAACUCAUUCAAAGUUGGCAAAUAUUGCUGGAGUAUAUUUCUAGUUCUGAUUAAGAGGAAAAAAAAUCAUAAUCACUCAGUUAUGAUUCAUGCCAUGCCACAUCAAUGCAAGCUUCUCAAUUACAUUCCCACUUAUAUUUUCAUCUUACAUCUGCAACAUGUUUUUUUUUUUUUUAAUCUGUAUUUAAGAUGAAGACCUAAAAGCUAGAGAGCUGUGAUUUUACGUCCAAAUACUGUUUGAGUAACUAGUUUUGGAAUAUUUUCAUGUCUGAUUAUUGUAAUGGUGUGAUUUGUAUUUAGGAUGAGUAUAUUUUAAAGAGCAGUUCAGCUAUGCCAGUGUGUUUCUCCUCCUGCUCGGUAUGGGAUAUUUUAGAAUUUCCCUUAUUGUCAUAUAACACUCUUUCAGCUGAUCGCCUGAGGUAAGGAACAGGGAAAUGCUAAAAUGAUCAUGACCGAGACAGGACAUGUUACUGGAAUGUGUUCCAGUAUGUGUGAUGACUGUAUUUGUGCUAAUAUAUUAUAGUGGCUUGUUUGCAGUGGUAUUUUUGUACAUAAAAGUAGAUUAUUUAUAACGACAAAAUACUUUUUGGAAGUCUAGAAAGUAUCACAUGAUGGUAAAUUGUAUGAAAGACCAGAGGAAAAGGAAAUGUGGAAUAAAAAGUGACCUAAGGGGGAAAAAAAAACAGUUUAAGGGUCUGAGAGAGAGAGAGAGAGAAACAAAAGGAGAUUCUGAAAGUGCUAGAAGGAAAGAAAGACAAGUUGUGGCUACAGAUUAACUCAUGGUUGACAAGAAGAUUGCCGACUAUUAGCUUUACUAACUCCAGCAUCGAGGAGUAUACAGUAUAUGUAUUAUUUAUAGGUAAAAACAUUUUUAUUGCAAAUAAAUCUGUUAAAGCUAUUUCAAAUUUAAUAUCGAACACGUGAUUUCAUUAUCAACUUGUUCUUGUUUUGGUUCCAAACAUGCUGGAUGUUUUGUGAAGUAGCAAAAUACAAGCCUUUUAUUUGUAUUUAUUACAUAUAUUUUUCUAUGGUAAAAUAUUGUCUAUUUUAUGCCAUUAAUUGAAAUAAAUGUAUAUAUUGUACAUAAA